AUGACUGAUAGCCGUCCGAGCGUUGACCCUGAGGUGGCCACUAUCGUGGCCCUAGGGACUCCAAAGAUUUAUCUACCCAAGUCAAAGACGGUGUCACACAGUGAUGAAAUCCACACACCGACACACUCGGAGAAGGACGAGUUCAAGGUGUCCUUGGACGAAAGCGAGUCACCAUUGUUUCUUCCCUCGUUCAGAAAAUGGGCUGCAGUCUGUGCGAUAUGUACUUCGACGACUUGCGUCACCUGUGGUUCAUCCAUGGCUGCUGCCACCUUCCCGCAAAUAGAAAAUCGAUUCUCGAUCGGCAUUGAAACCGCAACGCUAUCGAUAUCGUUGUAUAUUGCAGGAUUGGGUAUUGGCCCACUGUUUUUUGGAGGCCUCUCAGAGUUCCUUGGGCGCAACAUAAUAUACAGGACUAGCUUCGUCACUUUCACCCUUCUGACAUUUCCUGUCGCCUUUGCAAACAAUCCCGCUGUCCACCUCAUCUUUCGAUUUUUUACCGGUUUUGCUGGUUCUGCGUUCCUGAGUGUUGCCGGAGGCUCAAUGGCCGAUCUGUUUCACAAAGACAAGGUCUCAACACCUGUAGCCCUCUACUCUGCCAGUCCAUUUAUCGGACCAGUACUUGGACCAGCAAUAUCAGGCUUUAUCAAUUACAACGCGUCUUGGAGAUGGACAUAUUACACACUCCUGAUAUGGUCGACUGUUCAGUGUGUUCUGAUUUUCGCAACUAUGUCUCUCAUUCUCGAAGAAAUCAUGAUGACUGAUUCUUUGUCAAGAAUACGAAAACAGACGGGAGAUGACCGUUACUUCUCCCCUUACGAUACUCAGGGUCGAAGCAUGGCUGAGACCGUAAAGCUAAGUGUCUAUAAACCUUUUCUCAUCAUGUUGUACGAACCCAUGGUACUCCUACUUAAUAUUUGGACAUCUACCCUUCUGGGUAUCGUUUAUCUCACAUUUUCCGUAUUUCCCAUCAUAUUUGGCGAGGUUCACCAUUUCAGGAAAGAUUUGGUUGGACUUAGCUAUCUUGGACUUGGGCUUGGUAUGAUCUUUGCGACCGGAUCUCAACCGAUAUGGAAUCGCGUAAAUGCUCGGACGCGGGAGAAGUAUGGGGCACUUGGGAAAGAACCUCCCCCGGAGACUACGCUGUACCCCGCGAUGGCGGCCGCUAUCCUCGUUCCUGUCGGCUUAUAUAUGUUCGCCUUCACCGUCUACGGAUCCGUGCACUGGGCAGUUCCAAUACUCCUCAUUGCACCUUUCGGCACAGGCACGGUUCUCGCUUUCGUCAGCACUUUCACUUUCCUCGUUUCGACCUAUCGUGCAGAUGCUGCCAGUGCCAUGUCAUCCAAUUCGUUUCUAAGGAGUUCGUUCGCUGCUGCUUUUCCACUCUUUGCGAGACCUAUGUUUCGAAGCAUGACGAACACGGGAGCUUUGGCUUUCAUUGCGGGUAUGACGACGUUGAUGGCACCUUUACCAUUUGUCUUUUAUAAGUUUGGUCCACGGUUAAGAAAGAGAUCGCGAUACGCAGUGUCUUAA